AACUAUUGUUUUCGGAGGAAACAAAAAAAUCUCUCAUUUUUUAUAAUGAUUUUCAACGUGGCGGAAGAUUGAGUUGAACUUUAAUGAUCUUGCGGUGGGGUGUGUCAAUAAAUAUGCUGAGGACUGGUACAUUCUUGGGGAAGACUGGAGUCUUAAAGACUGGAGAAGGAUUUCCUGGAAUUUGUAUAAAUUGGGCCAGGAAAUUGAAGGCCAUCAGAGAUCGGAGUACCGUAGACUGUUGUGACCCAGUGACUAUUCCCAUUUGCGAGAUGCCUAGAGAGAGAUGCAUGAUGGACCUUUUGCCCGUUCCUUGUGGACCGUGGCAGGAAGCGUACGAUGAGGAGAACAAAAAAGACACUAAAACCUUGCUGUACUCCACUGCAUUCUUCCUGUUCAGUCUGCUUUGUAUGAAGAAGGUGGGCCCGGUCAAAGGAUAUCCGGAAAUCGGAUGGAUUUAUUGAUGAAUCCGAAUAAAUGAUUUAUUGUAGUUUAUGUUUACUGAUUUAUCUUAGAAUAAAAUUACUGUAAAUGCACAGAAUAAAUUUCUUAUAAA